AUGAGCGCCCUAUCUUCGAGAAAGGCAGGCAAGAGAAGACAAGAAGACAGCCCAGAAGACGGAAUUGAAGCAAGGAAGCGACUGAAACCAGCCAUUGAUCCAACAUCACCACUGUGCACGGCAUGUCAAAUGCUUGACAUCGAAAAGGGUUUCGAAUCGGCUUACAAAUACUACAAUCUCAGAACACACGACCCGGACAAGUUGUCUAAGAUCUACAAAGCUUGCGAUGGAUUCAAGCACUUCUACGAUGAUGCCGUCUUAGUGCAUCAGUUUGGCACUCGGCUGUCCAAGCCCUCAAAGUGUUCCCUGUGCGACUUCUUUCGAUCCGUCAGAGUUCAGCCAGAUGUACACGCACGUCACAAACUACUCGCGUUCCGUAGCACCGAUGCUUGGCUUUUCAAUGCGGACCGGGUGAGGACCGCGCUCAAAGACCCAGACUGGCUCGAAGAGCGCCACGAUACAGUGUUCAUGGCAGUCGUUCCAGAUAUUGAGUGGGUCCCACCAACUGGACACGAUGCCACAUGGCUAGACUACGAAAUUCCGGCUGUGGGAGCCAUAUUCUGCAAGUCGGCAGCCGAGCCCAGCGACGGCAUCAAUCGGAGUCUGCUGGGAGCAAGAGAACUCAUGGAUUCAUUUGAUCUUGAGCGAAUACGAGCUUGGCUCGAUUUCUGUCGCAGUGGCCACGGUGCCGCUUGCAAGCAACGCGCAUCAGAAGAACCGAUAACCAGAGGCUUUCGUCUUAUCGACUGUACUAAAGAUCCUCCCGAGGUUGAGGACAAGCCCUGGGGGACUCCGUACGCUGCUUUGAGUUAUGUUUGGGGAUCUACUCCCGCCGAUCGGGGAGACUGGCCGGCGACGGUCAUGGAUGCAGUCGAGGUCACACGCAAACUCGACUUUACCUAUCUCUGGGUGGACCGGAGCUGCAUAAACCAGGCGGAUUCAGAAGAAAAAGACUACCUGAUUUCAAGAAUGACUACCAUAUACGAAGCAGCCGAGUUCACCAUCGUAGCAGCUGCAGGAAGUGGUGCUAGCCAUGGCCUUCCUGGAGUAGGAAAGACACCUCGCAAACCUCAGCCAAAGUACUACAUCGACAGCGGAAGCCUGCUUCUUUCCAUACUCCCCGACCCGCGGCGAGAGAUACUUCAAUCGCACCAUUGGACCCGCGGCUGGACAUACCAAGAAGGAGUGCUCUCCAAUCGCCGUAUCGUCUUCACAGAACACCAGACUUACUGGGAAUGUCGCUGCAUGGCUUCGCAUGAAAGCGCAGAUGUAACGCUAUUCCACCAACCCGUAAGUCAUGAGAACGACACCAACACCAUUUUGGUAGACUUCAUGUUGAGCGGCAUAUUCAAAGGCGGUGCGUUCAGCGGAGGCAGUAAUGCGCAUCAAAGAAACUUGGUCAUUGCUAAUGACGACGAGUAUCGGAUUGACUAUGGCUUUCCUGUCGUCGAGGAGAUAACUGUUGGAGCCCAAUUGCGAGGACUGUGCGAACACAUGCGUGAAUUCACAAAACGAAACUUGACACAGGAUACAGAUACUCUACCAGCCUGUAAGUAG